AUGGUGGCCGUCGGCGGCGGCGGCGGGGGGCGGCGGAGGCGGGCGUGGCGGUGGGCCAUGCGGGCGGUGGCUAGCGCCGUCGUGUGGACCGUGGUCGUGCAGGUCGCCUCCAUCGCCGGGCUGUUCCGCCCGCGGGUCGUCGCCGACUGCGGCGGCGGCGGGAAAGGCGGCGGCGCCGCCGCGGCCGGGCUCGCCGCGCUCGCCGGCGAGGACGGCCUCGCGGCGAGGCUGUCGCCGCCGGCGCUCGUGCCCAAGAGAAUUUACAAAAGCAAUGGCUACCUACUGGUGACAUGCAAUGGCGGACUCAAUCAAAUGCGAGCCGGGAUAUGUGAUAUGGUGACUAUAGCACGCCAUCUGAAUCUAACACUUGUGGUCCCUGAACUGGAUAAAAUGUCGUUUUGGGCUGACCCAAGUGAUUUUGGAGAUAUUUUCGACGUGGGCCACUUCAUUAAUUCCUUGAGAGAUGAGCUGAUGAUAGUUAAAGAGCUGCCUUUAAAACUCCAGUUAAGAACUAAGAAGAGACUGUACUCGAUGCCUCCUGUCAGUUGGUCGAAUGAAACAUACUACCUAAAGCGGAUAUUACCUCUUGCAAGGAAGCACAAAGUAAUCCAUUUUGAGAAAUCAGACGCUCGCCUUGCAAACAAUGGCCUUCCUAUUCAGCUCCAGAUGCUGCGUUGCCGUGUAAACUUUGAGGCUUUGAGAUUCACCCCACAGAUCGAAGCUCUUGGCAGAAAGCUUAUGUCCACUCUCCAGAGAAGUGGACAAUUUGUUGUGCUUCACUUGCGCUAUGAGAUGGACAUGCUCUCCUUUUCAGGCUGCACACAUGGCUGCUCUAGUAAAGAAACUGAGGAGCUCACUAGAAUGAGAUAUGCUUAUCCAUGGUGGAAAGAAAAAGAGAUCGAUUCUGAAGUGAAGAGGCUUCAGGGACUUUGCCCCCUCACACCAGAGGAAAUUACUCUAGUGCUUAAAGCUCUAGGGUUCACAAAGGAUACGCUGAUAUACAUUGCUUCUGGUGAAAUCUAUGGUGGUGAAAGGCGCUUGGCGGUGCUCAAGGAUGCGUACCCUAAACUAGUAAGGAAGGAGAAAAUUUUAUCUCCUGAUGAAUUGCGACCAUUCCAGAACCAUUCAACCCAGAUGGCAGCACUGGAUUACAUGGUUUCUCUAGCAAGCGACAUUUUCAUUCCCAGCUAUGAUGGAAAUAUGGCAAGGGUUGUUGAAGGUCACCGCAGGUAUAUGGGUUUUCGCAAGACCAUUGUUUUGGACAGAAAGAAGCUUGUUGAGCUCUUGGACCUUUUCCAAGGAGGUGCUCUAUCUUGGGACGAAUUCUCAGAUGCAGUGAAGGAGGCACACAAGAGCCGCAUGGGGCAACCUACAGAAAGAAAGGUCAUCCUUGGCCAGCCUAAGGAAGAGGACUAUUUCUAUGCUAAUCCUCAAGAAUGCCUUGGCUCCAACGGGGGACUAAGAGACAUUUCCUGA